UACGCCCCUCCCCCCUCCUCCCCUCUGGUUGGAAAGUUUCUAGAAUCUCUUCCCAGCGGCCUUUGCGGUUCCAACAUGGCGGAGCUGACGGUGGAGGUUCGUGGCUCCAACGGGGCUUUCUACAAGGGAUUUAUCAAAGAUGUUCAUGAAGACUCCCUCACAGUUGUUUUUGAGAACAACUGGCAGCCAGAACGCCAGGUUCCAUUUAAUGAAGUUAGAUUACCACCACCGCCUGAUAUAAAAAAAGAAAUUAGUGAAGGAGACGAAGUAGAGGUGUAUUCAAGAGCAAAUGACCAAGAACCAUGUGGAUGGUGGUUGGCUAAAGUUCGAAUGAUGAAAGGAGAGUUUUAUGUCAUUGAAUAUGCUGCUUGUGAUGCCACUUACAAUGAAAUAGUCACAUUUGAACGACUUCGGCCUGUCAAUCAAAAUAAAACUGUCAAAAAAAAUACCUUCUUUAAAUGCACAGUGGAUGUUCCUGAGGAUUUGAGAGAGGCGUGUGCUAAUGAAAAUGCACAUAAAGAUUUUAAGAAAGCAGUAGGAGCAUGCAGAAUUUUUUACCAUCCAGAAACCACACAGCUAAUGAUACUGUCUGCCAGUGAAGCAACUGUGAAGAGAGUAAACAUUUUAAGUGACAUGCAUUUGCGAAGUAUUCGUACGAAGUUGAUGCUUAUGUCCAGAAAUGAAGAGGCCACUAAGCAUUUAGAAUGCACAAAACAACUUGCGGCAGCUUUUCAUGAGGAAUUUGUUGUGAGAGAAGAUCUAAUGGGCCUGGCAAUAGGAACACAUGGUAGUAACAUACAGCAAGCUAGGAAGGUUCCUGGAGUUACAGCUAUUGAGCUAGAUGAAGAUACUGGCACAUUCAGGAUCUAUGGAGAGAGUGCUGAUGCUGUAAAAAAGGCUAGAGGUUUCUUGGAAUUUGUGGAGGAUUUUAUUCAGGUUCCUAGGAAUCUUGUUGGAAAAGUAAUUGGAAAAAAUGGCAAAGUUAUUCAGGAAAUAGUGGACAAAUCUGGUGUGGUUCGGGUGAGAAUUGAAGGAGACAAUGAAAAUAAACUACCUAGAGAAGAUGGUAUGGUUCCAUUUGUAUUUGUUGGCACUAAAGAAAGCAUCGGAAAUGUGCAAGUUCUUUUAGAGUACCAUAUUGCUUAUCUAAAGGAAGUAGAACAGCUAAGAAUGGAACGCCUACAGAUUGAUGAACAGCUACGACAGAUUGGUAUGGGUUUCAGACCUUCUUCCACCAGAGGGCCUGAAAAGGAAAAAGGAUAUGCCACUGAUGAAAGUACCGUCUCUUCUGUACAAGGUUCUAGGUCUUAUAGUGGAAGAGGCAGAGGUCGUCGGGGCCCUAAUUACACCUCCGGUUAUGGUACAAACUCUGAGCUGUCUAACCCCUCUGAAACAGAAUCUGAGCGUAAAGACGAGCUGAGUGAUUGGUCAUUGGCAGGAGAAGAUGAUCGAGAGAGCCGACAUCAGCGUGACAGUAGGAGACGCCCAGGAGGAAGAGGGAGAAGUGUUUCAGGGGGUCGAGGUCGUGGUGGACCACGUGGUGGCAAAUCCUCCAUCAGUUCUGUGCUCAAAGAUCCAGACAGCAAUCCAUACAGCUUACUUGAUAAUACAGAAUCUGAUCAGACUGCAGACACUGAUGCCAGCGAAUCUCAUCACAGUACUAACCGUCGUAGGCGGUCUCGUAGACGAAGGACUGAUGAAGAUGCUGUUCUGAUGGAUGGGAUGACUGAAUCUGAUACAGCUUCAGUUAACGAAAAUGGGCUAGAUGAUAGUGAAAAAAAACCCCAGCGACGCAAUCGUAGCCGCAGGCGUCGUUUCAGGGGUCAGGCAGAAGAUAGACAGCCAGUCACAGUUGCAGAUUAUAUUUCUAGAGCUGAGUCUCAGAGCAGACAAAGAAACAUCCCAAGGGAAACUUUGGCUAAAAACAAGAAAGAAAUGGCAAAAGAUGUGAUUGAAGAGCAUGGUCCUUCAGAAAAGGCAAUAAAUGGCCCAACUAGUGCUUCUGGCGAUGAAAUUUCUAAGCUACAGCGUACUCCAGGAGAAGAAAAGAUUAAUACCUUAAAAGAAGAAAACACUCAAGAAGCAGCAGUCCUGAAUGGUGUUUCAUAAACUGAAGAAGUUCCUAGUUUACAGUUCUUUUACAUUACAUUUUACAAUAGUGCUUGUACAAGCUUGCCAAAGAUAGAAUAUGGAUCGCCAGUCUUUACAUCGCACUUUCAGUUCCUCCAUUUGGAAUUCAGAAAGGGGAGGGAUCCUGAAGAAAUCAUAUGUUAAACAUACUUUGACACCUACUGUGUUAUAAAAUAUAUCAUCAGAUGUGCCUUGAGAAUAGUAUAUGUAACAUUAAAAAAAAGUUGCUGGCUA